CCGAGUCACAGGAGUUGUUGACAUGACAACGCGAUAUCAAUAGAUCCGGGUUAUUGAGCUUGUGUGCGGGAAGGCAAUGAAUUGCGCUGAAGUAAAUCACGCUUCCAUGAAUUAACGGGGCGUUCUUCUUUCUGUUUUGAAAUUAAAAGGUCAGUAUGGCUAUUGCCAUAGCACAAUUGAAACAUGUCUUCGGUCUCAAGGGGGAGAUCACAGGGAACAUCAACUAUGUGGAUGAACAGACCAUUGUUUACCCCUCCGGGGCCAACACCAUUCUCUACAACAUUGACCAGAAGUCACAGAAAUUCAUCCCAGGCUCUGACAAGACGCUGGGUACGACCUCCAUGUGCGUCAGCCCCAACCGGCGCUAUGUGGCCGUGGCCGAGAAGGGGGCGGAGAAAGCCACGGUCACCAUCUACGACCUGCACUCGCUGAGGCGGCGGAAGGUGCUGAGCUCGGCAGACAUCCAGUCCAACGAGAUCGUCAGCAUGGCUUUUUCCCCGGACUCCAAAUACUUGAUCGCCCAGGGCGGAAGGCCGGACUGGACGCUGGUGUACUGGACGUGGGAGAAAUCCAAAGUCAUGGCUGUCACCAAGACCACGAAUGCAACAAAUAAUGAUGUCUACCAGGUAUCAUUCAACCCUCAAGACAACACGCAGCUGUGCGUCGUGGGCAAUGGCAUUUUCAAGCUGUACCGUUACAGCGAAGGCAACCUGAAGCAGUUUGCCUUCCAGAAGAUGGAGCCCCAGAACUACCUGUCCCACACCUGGGUGUCAGAUGAGAGGGUCAUCGUGGGCACAGACAAUGCCAAGCUCCUGCUGUUUGAGGCCGGGGAGCUGAAGAAUGAGCUGGCAGUUGUGGUCUCAUCUCAGAGCAAAGAUGCAGAGAGGAGUGCCAUGGGCAGCAUUGCUGAGUCGGAGGUGCCCAGUUCUGGCCCACCCAUGGUGGGGGCCAUCGUUGCUUACUCCAAAGGCUUUGCCUGCUCAGGUGGCAAGGGAAUCGUCCAUCUGUACGAGAAGACCGAGGAUAAAGAUUUCUACAAGAAGACCAGGGAGAUCAAGAUUCCACACGAUGUCCUUGGUGGGGAUCCAUCCAGAGCCGAGGCCCAUGAGAUCAAGAUGCUGACAGUCAGUCCUUCCGAGGAGACGCUGGUAGCCAGUACGACUACCAACCAGCUGUACUGCAUGGCAAUGUCCAGUGCUGACCUGGGCAAGCAAGGGGACUUAGCGACCUUUGAACUCUUGGCACAACCUUUUCACUACAACAUGAUCACUGGUCUGGACGUGUGCUGUAGGAAACCGCUCAUUGCCACAUGCUCAAUCGAUCGAACAGUCCGCAUCUGGAACUAUGAGACAACGACCUUGGAGCUGCACAAAGAGUUCCAGGAGGAAGCUUACAGCAUCGCUCUGCAUCCCUCUGGUCUCUACGUCCUGGUGGGCUUCAGCGACAAGCUACGACUCAUGAACCUACUCAUUGAUGACAUACGCACGUUCAAGGAGUUUACCAUCCGCGGCUGUCGGGAGUGUUCCUUCAGCAACGGAGGGCACGUGUUUGCUGCUGUUCACGGCAACGUCAUACAGAUCUACUCCUCAACCACCUUUGAGAACGUCAACAACUUGAAAGGUCACAAUGGAAAGGUUCGAUCAGUGGUAUGGAGUGCUGAUGACAGUAAAAUCAUCUCUUGUGGAAUGGAUGGUGCAGUUUAUGAGUGGAACGCCUACUCUGGCAAACGUGAGGGGGAGAGUGUCCUGAAGUCCUGCAGCUACACGUGCGUAACGUCCACCCCGGACGGCAAGACGACGUUUGCCGUCGGCUCAGAUCGCACCCUCAAGGAAAUCUCUGAUUCUCAGAUCCUGCGUGACGUUGACUCCCAGGACAUCACACUCACCCAGGUUUCUAUGUCCCACAGCGGCCGCAUGCUGUUCGCCGGAACCAACAACGGCACCCUUCGAUCCCUCAAGUUCCCCCUAACAGUGCCCGGUGAAUGGCAGGAGCACAUGGGCCAUGCGUCAGGGGUUACCAAGAUGCGGAUCACCUACGACGACCAGUAUCUGGUCACUGUGUCUGAGGAUGCCACCCUCAUGAUCUGGAAGAUCAGCGACAAGGAAGGGCGGGGCUUGAAGCGAGACAAGGAGGUGGGAUACGCCGAGGAAAUACUCAUCACCAAGUCUGAUUUGGAGGAAAAGAACACUGUCAUGGCAGAGCUGAAGCAGCGGGUGGAGGAGCUGAAGAUGGAGAAUGAAUACCAGCUACGGCUGAAGGACAUGAACUACAACGAGCGCAUCAAGGAGCUGACAGAGAAGUUCAUCCAGGAGAUGGAGUCACUUAAGACCAAGAACCAGGUCCUCAAGACGGAAAAGGACAAGGAGGAGGCACGGCAUGAGGAAGAGAUGGCCGAACAGCUGGAGAAACAGAACAAGGAGCUGCAAGAUCUCGAAUCGGCCAACAAUCAGAAACUUAUGAUUGAGUACGAGAAGUAUCAGGAGCUACAGUCCAAGAGCCAAAAGAUGCAGGAGGACUAUGAACGGCAGCUAGCCGAGACAGAAGAGUCCAAAGAACAGGCCCUGGAGGAGCUGACGGAGUACUAUGAGACCAAGCUGCAGGAAAAGACAACACUGCUGGAUCAGGCCCAUGAUGAGUCCAGGCAGCAGAUGCGAGAAUACGAGGAGACCAAGAAACAGAUCGAAGAAGAUGCAGACCGGGAGAUCCUGGACAUCAAGAACAAGUACGAGAGACGAUUGAGAGACGAGAAGGAGGCCAACAUGAGACUGAAAGGAGAGACAGGAAUCAUGAGGAAGAAGUUCACCAGCCUACAAAAGGAGAUUGAAGACCACAAAGAUGAAAUCAAGAAGCUUCAGAAUGAACAGACCAAACUGCAAGGGGUCAUCAAGUCGCUGGAGAAGGACAUCUACGGAUUGAAGAAAGAGAUCCAGGAGCGAGAUGAGACCAUCCAAGAUAAGGAAAAGAGAAUCUACGACCUGAAGAAGAAAAACCAGGAGCUGGAGAAGUUCAAGUUUGUCCUAGACUACAAGAUCAAGGAACUGAAGAAACAGAUUGAGCCUAGAGAGAAUGACAUCAAGGCCAUGAAAGAACAGAUUCAAGAGAUGGAGAGUGAGCUGGAACGAUUCCACAAGCAGAACACGCAGCUGGAGUUGAACAUCACAGAGCUGAGGCAGAAGCUCAAAGCCACUGAGAAAGAGAUGUACAUGGAGAGACAAAAGGUGCGGGACACUGAAGCAAUCUGCCGCCGUUUCAAGACUGAUCUGCACAACUGCGUUGCAUACAUCCAAGAGCCAAAGAAGUUGAAGGAGAGCAUCAAACAGUUGUAUGCCAAACACGUUCAGGAUGAUACAAUUGAAUCUGCGAGUGUUGAUGCCGACAUACAGAGGGAGUACAGCAGACAGCGAAAGCAUCUCGAGCAGAGCGUGGCAUCGCUGCGCAAGAAACUUGCCAAAGACACUGAGAUCCACCGAGCUGACAAUGUCCGAAUCAUGCAGGAAAAUGUUUCCCUGAUCAAGGAAAUCAACGACCUCCGGCGGGAGCUGAAGAUCGCCCGCACCCAGGUCCACGACUUGGAGGCGGCCCUGGGCAUCAACAAGAAGAACAAGAACCUGCCGCCGGAGCAACAGGCCGAGUCUGUGCUCUCCAUGAAUGGCAGCAAUGGCAUGCCAGGCGGUGGGAUGUCCAGCCGAGAGGGUAAGAACGAUGAGAAUGUGCGCAUCAUCGACAUGCAGCGCAGCGAAAUCCGCAAGCUGCGCACGCAGCUCAUGGAAGCGGAGCAGAUAGCCGCGCAGAGGCCGCCCUCUGGUGGCCGGCUACCGCCAGUCCUGGCACAAUAAAAGAACACUUGAGGAAAGUUUGGUUUUUGUAGUUUUCAAGACAACAGGAUCACAUCUUUUCUUAAAUCAAAGCAAGAACGUACAGAGCAAGAAUUUUCGAAAAAAGCUUGAGACAAUAGGGAGGCCAUGGAGCUUUGGUUCUCAGUCUUUGUCCAUUGCCUUUAGAGAGUUCUUUUUACUUGUUCCCCCAAUUUUGCUGUCGUUCAUAAAAAUUGUAGGCUACAGAAUAUGAGAAUUACAAGUUUCCUGGCCAUGUUCUAUUUCCAAACUACUCAAAAAAUGCCUUCCUCAUUCGUGUUCCUUGGCUGGGAUUGCAGCAAUGUACAAAUUGUAAAAAUCUUGUACAUAUUGUUUAUGUCAUUUGGAUGGUUGAUGUGGUUACCAUACAAGUGCCUGUUUCACAUUAACAAGAGAAGCUUUAUGUUUUCUUGAUCAGAUAGAAAUUUGUAUUCAUUGUCUUCCUCGGUUGUUAAGUUUCAGAGUAUUUGCUUUUGUAGAUCUGAUUGCAAAAACUUGGUGCGAUGCUUGGUGAACCGUCCAUGUUAACUUUCUUUCUUCCAGGCAUUGAAACAGUUCUGAUUGCCUUAGAGUUGAGCCGUCCUCACUUGCAUCUUCCAUGCAAUACUACAUGCCUUAUGAUAAAGUUAUUACUAGUUAUGAAUUGUAAAACUAUUACAGGAAAUUACACCAGGUUUUUUUUUUAAUUCCACUUUCUUGAUAUGAAGACGAUUUUGUUCCUGUUUUUAAUGAUUGUGUAAAAUAUGCAAGAAUGUCAAAUGUAAAUAGUUAUCCAAUAAAGAUAUUCCGUCCUGUUUGCAUAUAUUAAAUGGUCUCGUGAUUCUUGCUUCCUUCAAAUAUGUCCUUCAAUAUUACCAAAUUAGUGCACUUUUUCUAAACAAAGGAGCCAGUACGUUCCAGAAAAAACGUUAAUACCAAUGCACGUGAAAAAAUAGGUCUUUAUAUUUUUUUAAUGCAAAUUUUCAAUUCAGACGUACAUUUUUCAGAAGUGGACGGAGUUUAGCUUUCAGUUUAAAAUCUACAACAAUUGCAAAAAAAUGGAAAUAGAUUACAAAAGUGAGAUAACGAAUACUCAAAUACAAGUAGCAGGUCACUACCAUUCAUGAGCAUCACCAGGGUUUUUCCUGGAGGGGGUUUGGUGCGACAAAUGCAUUUGUCAUGUGACAAAUUAACAAACCUCGAUGGGGUCAAUUCCAGGUAUUCUGAAGCACAUUGGUUAUUUUCAUCCCCUUGCCUCUCCCCACCACCACCACCGCUCCGUCACACCAACGCAUCCACUGUACAUGAACUAAAGCAAUGCACCAGGAACAAAACAAUGCAGUCUGCAAAAUUAUCAACGCCAAAUAAUUGCAAGAAUUCUGUGUGAUAAAUUCUAAUUCUGAAAUCACUCAUUUGUCAAGAUCCAUUUCCAUUAACAGUGCACAGUUGCUUGUUUUCGAUAACCAAAAUCAUAAGCUGCAAAAAUAAACGAUUAAAAUCUGUUCUUAAAUCAGGAAUUCUCAAGCCUGUCAUCCAAAUUUACACAAAUACUUCACACCGUUUGAAAGACGUUCAACUACAUGUAUAGAAAACUAUAUAGAUUUGUGUUUAUCAAAUAUCUACAUAUCUGUAUUUCACUUAUUUACAAUUUAAUCCCACACUUAACAUCAGAACCUACUUUCUAGGUGUAAGAAAGACAAAUUCAAACUAAGGCAUGUUCACAGACAUAAAGAUAUGACCGUUAAAAAAAGACACUGUAAUGUAUACUGCUUUUUCAGAGCUUGCCCAAAAAUUUUCUGUGCAAUUUCAGGUAAAAAGUGCAAGAGUUAAGUUCUCAUUCCAAAAUCAGCUGCCUCUCUGUUGAAAUCACAACUAAACUGAAAGUUUUGGGGUUUCCAUAAUUGGAAUUAACGGUUCAAACUUACACAAAAACAGAACAGCAGAGGUAUAUAUCCACACGCAUACAUGAUACAUACCAAAGUCAGAUCCUGUCACUGCAUGUAGUUUCUAAUUAUACUGUGAGACUUUACUGACUGCCUAGGCUCUAUUUUAGCUGGAAAAAAAAA